GCGGAUCCCGGAAGUGCGCAUGCGUGGUAGGGGAAGGUGUCGCGUUUUUCUGGGGUUGCCGACCUGAGGGAAAAAGAGCCACCGGGAAAGCCGCUGCGGCUUCCGAGGACCGGUUGCCCGAGCGCUUCUUUCACUCGCGGUGGGGGGGAAGUGUGCCUAGCCACCGCGCCGGGGCCAGGAGUUUACAUGUUGAAUGCGAAUUUAACGGCUCGUCAUACGGAUCACUGCAUGGAUAAUAAAUGGCCCUUCCUCGCUUAACAGGAGCGUUGCGUUCUUUUUCAAAUGUCACUAAACAAGAUGAUUAUAAUGAAGAAUCUGCUGACUUAACGAAUAAAAGGUUUAAGUUACAAGAACAGUUAUCGAAUUCCGGUCUUACUUGGAAGAAAAUAGUCAAAUUUGUUGAUGACAAUUCCAGCAAGGAAAACCAGCCAUCUUUACAUGAGGAUUUAAAGAUAAUAGUACAAGCUGCCAAACAAAUAGUGGGAACUGAAAAUGGACAGGAAGUGAUUGAAAGUGGUGCAGUUUUCCUUUUUACAAUAUUCCACACAAAGGACUAUGUUGGCCAUGAGGAGACCAAAGUCAUCAAGCAGAUGUUUGGGCCCUUUCCAUCAUCUUCUGCUACCGCUGCCUGUGAUGCCACCUGCCGGAUUGUUUCUCACUUUACCGAAGAACAGCUUGCUGUCCUUCUGCAGAUGUCAGAAGAGCGAAAUGGUAACACAAAACUGUGUUUUGGUAAAAACAUUGCCUUUUCGUUUGAUAUGUUUGAUUUGGAUUUCUUUGAAGAACUGCCAGUAAAUGGUGAAACGGAAGGACAGGAAUUUGUGACCUUGGAUUACAAGAAAUUUCAGAAUAACCAUUUGGAACACUUCUCAAACUGCUAUGAUGAAAGCUCUGGCUUAAAGUCACCAGAAAAAGUGGACGAUUCAUUUCUGUGGUGUGAGGUUGGGAAAUACCUGAACGAAUCAUUAAAGGGAUCUUCUGGAGGUCCAGCAGUGGAACAUCUUUGCUGUACAUUAUAUGAGAUGCUUGCUUCACAAAGAAGUGGUGAUGAGCUUCAGAAUGAGUUGUUUGAGUUACUAGGACCUGAGGGAUUUGAACUUAUAGAGAAGCUCCUACAGAAUAGAUCUACAAUUAUAGAGAGAUCUUUCUCUGGACCAGAUGACAAGCUACAAUCUUUGCAAGAGCAGUGCAAGAGGUUUGCAGGAGAGAACACUAAACCCAUUUAUGGCUGCCAAGUCACAAUUCAGUCUGAGCAAGAGAAACAGUUAAUGAAACUGUAUCGGCGUGAAGAAAAACGGAGUGCAAGGAAGGAAAAACGAACAGGGGAUGAUGGAGAAGUAGUUAUAGAUGGAGGAACAUAUUUUGAUCCCAAGGAGCUACGGAUGCAAAGAGAACAAGCGCUUUCGAAUGCUCGCACAAUGCCUGUCUUAGGCAGACAGCGAGAUACGGAAUUUGAAAAAAUACAUUACCCACAUGUCUAUGACUCACAGGCUGAAGCCAGGAAAACCUCAGCAUUCAUUGGAGGAUCGAAGAUGCUUCUGCCAGAAGGCAUUGAGAGAGAAAGUAAUAAAAUGUAUGAAGAAAUACAGAUCCCUCACACUGAACCAAUGCCUGUUGGUUUUGAAGAAAAAACAGUCUAUAUUAAGGAUUUAGAUGAGGUUGGACAGCUUGCUUUCAAAGGUAUGAAAAAAUUAAAUCGAAUCCAGUCCAUUGUUUUUGAAACUGCCUACAACACAAAUGAGAACAUGCUAAUCUGUGCGCCCACUGGGGCAGGGAAAACUAACAUUGCCAUGUUAACUGUUUUGCAUGAAAUUCGUCAGCAUGUGCAGCAUGGAGUGAUCAAAAAGGAUGAAUUUAAGAUUGUUUAUGUUGCUCCUAUGAAGGCACUGGCAGCUGAAAUGACAAAUUACUUCAGCAAGCGUCUAGAAUCACUAGGCAUUACCGUGAAGGAGCUGACCGGAGAUAUGCAGUUGUCAAAAAGUGAAAUUCUACGAACUCAGAUGCUUGUAACCACUCCUGAAAAAUGGGAUGUCGUGACGAGAAAAAGUGUUGGAGAUGUAGCUCUCUCCCAGCUUGUAAAACUCCUUAUUCUUGACGAAGUCCACUUGCUCCAUGAAGAUAGAGGACCCGUGCUAGAAAGCUUAGUAGCACGCACCUUACGUCAGGUUGAAUCUACACAAAGCAUGAUUAGGAUUUUGGGGCUUUCUGCUACAUUGCCUAACUAUCUGGAUGUUGCUACGUUUCUGCGGGUUAAUCCUUAUAUUGGCUUAUUUUAUUUUGAUGGCCGUUUUCGUCCUGUUCCACUGGGACAGACAUUUAUAGGGAUCAAGACAACCAAUAAGGUGCAGCAACUGAACAAUAUGGAUGAAGUUUGUUACCAAAAUGUCUUGAAGCAAGUAACAGCUGGACAUCAGGUCAUGGUGUUCGUUCAUGCUCGAAAUGCCACUGUGCGGACUGCCAUGGCUCUUCGUGAGAAAGCUAAAAACAAUGGUCACAUUUGCUACUUUUUGUCAUCUCGAGGAGCUGAGUUUGGACAGUUGGAGAAACAAGUGCAUAAGUCUAGAAACAAGCAAUUACGUGAAAUGUUUCCAGAUGGAUUCAGUAUUCAUCAUGCAGGAAUGCUGCGACAAGAUAGGAGUUUGGUGGAGAACUUGUUUUCUCGUGGAUAUAUAAAAGUCUUGGUUUGUACAGCUACAUUAGCCUGGGGUGUCAAUCUUCCAGCUCAUGCUGUCAUUAUUAAGGGAACUCAGAUCUACGCAGCAAAAAGGGGCUCCUUUGUUGACCUUGGAAUUUUAGAUGUCAUGCAGAUAUUUGGUCGAGCUGGACGGCCUCAGUUUGACAAAUUUGGAGAAGGUGUCAUUAUCACAACAUAUGAGAAACUAAGUCAUUACCUGACUCUGCUUACUCAGCAGAACCCAAUUGAGAGCCAGUUUCUUGAAAGCCUUGCAGACAACUUGAACGCAGAGAUUGCUCUCGGAACAGUGACAAAUGUCGAGGAAGCAGUAAAGUGGAUAAGUUAUACUUACCUUUAUGUGCGGAUGAGAGCAAACCCAUUAGUAUAUGGCAUCAGUCACAAGGCUUAUCAGAUGGAUCCAAGUUUAGAGAAACAUAGAGAACAACUAGUGAUAGAAGCUGGUCGAAAGCUGGACAAAGCCCGGAUGAUUCGUUUUGAAGAGAGAACUGGAUUCUUUUCUUCAACAGACCUUGGCAGAAUUGCUAGCCACUUCUAUAUUAAAUAUAAUACAAUUGAGACUUUUAAUGAACUAUUUAAUGCCCAUAAGACAGAAGGUGACAUCCUUGCUAUAGUGUCUAAAGCAGAGGAAUUUGAACAGGUCAAGGUGAGAGAAGAAGAAAUAGAAGAACUGGAAGCCUUACUGAGUGAUUUCUGUGAACUUCCUGCUCCUGGUGGUGUGGAAAAUAAUUAUGGGAAAAUAAAUAUCCUUCUACAAACAUAUAUUAGCCGGGGAGAGAUGGAUAGUUUUUCUCUAAUUUCAGAUUCUGGUUAUGUUGCACAGAAUGCAGCACGUAUUGUUCGAGCCCUCUUUGAAAUAGCCCUCCGUAAACGCUGGCCUGCAAUGACCUACCGGCUACUGAACCUCAGCAAAGUUAUUGACAAGAGGCUGUGGGGUUGGGUCAGUCCUUUGCGGCAAUUUUCAAUCCUGCCACCACACAUCCUUGUCAAAUUGGAACAAAAGAAUCUCACCAUUGAUAAGCUGAAGGACAUGAGAAAAGAUGAGAUAGGCCAUAUCCUCCAUCAUGUGAAUAUUGGAUUAAAGGUCAAACAGUGUGCUCAUCAGAUUCCCUCUAUUAUAAUGGAAGCAACCAUUCAGCCAAUUACACGUACUGUGCUGAGGGUUAGGUUGAGCAUCACUUCUGAUUUCAAGUGGAACGAUCAGGUGCAUGGAACAGGUGGAGAGCCCUGGUGGAUUUGGGUGGAAGACCCUACCAAUGAUCACAUUUACCAUUCAGAAUAUUUUAUUAUUCAAAAGAAACAGGUCAUUGCAAAAGAAACUCAACUCCUAGUAUUCACAAUUCCAAUUUUUGAACCAUUACCAUCUCAGUACUACAUUCGGGCUGUGUCUGACAGAUGGUUAGGAGCUGAGGCUGUGUGUAUCAUCAAUUUUCAACAUCUGAUCUUACCAGAGAGACAUCCGCCUCACACAGAAUUACUGGAUCUCCAGCCAUUACCUAUCACAGCUUUGGGACAUCCUAAGUAUGAAGCCCUGUACAAAUUCACCCAUUUCAACCCAAUUCAGACCCAGAUAUUUCAUACAGUCUAUCAUACUGAUUGCAAUGUUCUUCUUGGAGCUCCCACUGGCUCUGGAAAGACGGUCGCAGCAGAAUUAGCUAUCUUUAGAGUUUUCAACAACUACCCCACAUCAAAGGCAGUGUACAUUGCUCCCCUAAAAGCUCUGGUGCGCGAGAGAAUUGAAGACUGGAAAAUCAGAAUUGAAGAGAAGCUUGGUAAAAAGGUUGUAGAGUUGACAGGGGAUGUAACUCCUGACAUGAGGUCAAUUGCCCAAGCUGACCUUAUUGUUACUACUCCAGAGAAGUGGGAUGGGGUCAGCCGAAGCUGGCAGAACAGAAGCUAUGUUCAGAAAGUUUCCAUUCUCAUCAUUGAUGAGAUCCAUCUGCUAGGGGAUGAGAGAGGUCCUGUACUAGAAGUUAUUGUGUCUCGUACUAACUUCAUCUCAUCUCACACAGAAAAGCCUGUCAGGGUGGUUGGUCUGUCAACUGCAUUGGCUAAUGCCAGGGAUCUUGCUGAUUGGCUAAAUAUAAAUCAGAUGGGGCUGUUCAACUUCAGGCCAUCAGUGCGUCCAGUUCCAUUGGAAGUACACAUUCAAGGCUUUCCAGGCCAGCAUUAUUGUCCCCGAAUGGCUAGCAUGAACAAACCAGCAUUUCAGGCUAUUAGGAGUCAUUCUCCAGCCAAGCCAGUUCUAAUCUUUGUGUCAUCCAGACGUCAAACUAGACUCACUGCAUUAGAGUUAAUUGCCUUUUUGGCAACUGAAGAUGAUCCAAAACAGUGGCUGAAUAUGGAUGAAAGAGAGAUGAAUGUCAUCAUAGGAACAAUCAGAGAGUCUAACCUCAAAUUGACUCUUGCCUUUGGAAUAGGCAUCCACCACGCUGGCCUUCAUGAACGAGACAGAAAAACAGUUGAAGAAUUAUUUGUAAAUUGCAAGAUCCAAGUUCUUAUUGCCACUAGCACAUUAGCCUGGGGUGUCAAUUUUCCUGCACAUUUAGUAAUUGUUAAAGGGACUGAAUUUUAUGAUGGCAAGACAAGGCGCUACGUUGAUUAUCCAAUUACAGAUGUUCUUCAGAUGAUGGGGCGUGCCGGUAGGCCUCAGUUUGACGAUCAAGGCAAAGCAGUGAUACUAGUUCAUGAUAUCAAGAAAGACUUCUACAAAAAAUUUCUUUAUGAACCUUUCCCAGUAGAAUCAAGUUUACUGGACGUUCUGUCUGAUCAUUUAAAUGCAGAAAUUGCAGCUGGGACUAUAACAUCAAAACAGGAUGCAAUGGAUUAUAUUACCUGGACCUACUUCUUCCGUCGCCUUAUAAUGAAUCCUAGUUAUUAUAAUCUAGAGGAUGUGAGCCAUGACAAUGUGAACAAAUUCCUUUCAAACCUUGUUGAGAAAUCACUGAUUGAUCUAGAAUACUCUUACUGCAUUAAAAUAGGGGAGGAUGACCGCAGCAUUGAACCACUAACUCAUGGACGCAUUGCAUCAUAUUACUACUUGAAACAUCCAACUGUCAGAAUGUUCAAGGAUCGCUUAAAACCAGAAUGUAGUGUUGAAGAACUGCUCUCAAUUCUGACAGAUGCUGAAGAGUAUGCAGACCUCCCAGUGCGACACAAUGAAGAUCAAAUGAACAGUGAGCUGGCGAAACUCGUCCCCGUUGAAGUGAAUCCUCAUUCUUUUGACAGUUCACAUACAAAAACCCAUCUUCUGUUGCAAGCCCACUUUGAACGUGCUGUGCUACCAUGUCCCGAUUAUGUCACUGAUACUAAGACGGUGUUGGACCAAUCCAUUAGAAUAUGUCAGGCAAUGCUAGAUGUUGCGGCAAACCAGGGCUGGUUGGUGACUGCUCUGAAUUUAACCAGUUUGAUACAGAUGAUAAUUCAGGGACGAUGGAUCCAUGAUUCCUCCUUGCUUACAAUACCAAACAUAGAAUAUCAUCAUCUUCAUCUCUUCAGUAAAAAGAAUGAAGGGAAGAGGACAGGAAGUUACCAAGGGCCUAUUGAAUGUCUGCCUGAACUGAUAGCUGCAUGUGAUGGGAAAGAGAAAAUAUUUGCUUCCAUGGUAGAGCGUGAUUUGCAUAGUACACAUACUACACAGGCUUGGCAUUUUUUGUCCCACUUGCCAGUGAUAGAAGUUCGCAUAAUCAUUAAAGGUUGUUGGAAUGAUUCAGUUCAGGAACUAUCUGUCCCAUUGUUGGCUACAAGCAUGCGAGAUAACAAAAAGUGGAUGGAGUUGUAUGCAGAUCAAGAAUACAUGUUCCAGAUCAACUUGCAGAGAUUGCAUUUAGGUUAUCCCAAGGGCAGGCAAGAUAGCAAAGCCAUUGCACCACGAUUCCCCAAGACGAAAGAUGAAGGGUGGUUCUUGAUCCUUGGAGAAGUGGACAGAAAAGAGCUUAUUGCUCUGAAAAGAGUUGGAUAUGUCAGAAAGCAGAAUGUGGCCUCACUUGCUUUUUAUACUCCAGAAACACCUGGAAAGUAUAUCUACACGUUAUAUUUAAUGAGUGACAGCUAUCUUGGAAUGGACCAACAGUAUGACAUUUACCUGAACAUCUUGCCAACAAGCACCUCAGCACAAGUCAACACAGAAAUCUCUGAUGCCUUAAAUGACAUGGGCCUGUAACAGCGAGGCCUGCGUCCUCUCCUGUGGUAAUAUGCUCAUUCUGGGAAAAAGAAACUUGUUUGCCUUACAGCAAUCAGGCCAACUUUGACACCCACAAAAUUGAAAAUGACUCCUGUAUUGAUUCUGAUAAUACAGAGUUAGCCACAGUGGCCUUUUACCUGAUCAAAGGGGUGCAUUUUUAAAGAAUUCAUUUUGUAGGUUUCCUGUCAACUGACAAUUUUUUCUUCUUCUAUUAAACAUAUAUGCCACGCCUUGACUUUGGAAAAUAAGCACAUGAACGGAGCAGAUAUUUUAAUUUGCAAAAGUGAACAUUUUCAUUUGUGUUCAUGUAUCAUUACUGCAACCAGUUUCUGUGAUCCAGAGGCAUCAUUCACAAAUGAUGUUCAG